AACCCCAAUCCAGGUCAAUACCGGUAAGCUGUUCGGGCAUAGGACCGCCCAUGCCAAUGCCAAAAGUCGUAGCCUUGAAGAGACUUUUCCGUUCCUGAGGAUUGGUUGCUGUGCCCUCUGGAACAGACGCUUCUGAUGCUGCUGAUGAUGAUGAUGAUAAGCCUUCCUGCAUCAAUUCUUCCGUCAAUUCUUCCAAAAUUGCGGAAAAGGCUUGUCGAAUUUGCCCUUUGGAACCUCCUCCAAAGAUAUUUCCCAAGGCGCAUUGUUGUUGUGGUCUUCUUUUUGCACGACAAAUUCUGCCAUUUCCAACCGGUCUCGUACUUGGUCGUACCAGUCUUGCAAUUCUUCCUUUGGGAGUUCACAAAGAUUCUCGCCGCCAAAGAAGAACGUCAUGUGCAGGGAUGCUCUGGACCGGGCUUUGAAACUCAAUGGUCUCUUCUUUCGUUGCUUCUUUUCGGGCCCAGGCGAUUGGCCUGCUGCUGCUUUGGAUUCUUGCUUUUCCUCGGCUGAUGGAUCUUCCUUGAUUUUUGGUUCCACUUUUUCUUUACUAGUAGCUGUUUCGAAUGCUGCUGCUUCAGACUUGUUUUCUUCGUCGCUUUCAUCCGUCUGAUUUUGCAAGUCUUGUACUUUUUUCUGAAUCCGUGUGGCAACGUCGAAAAGGCGGUCCAUGGUGGCAUCGUCGAGAAGCACCUUCAAGUACGAGUUGAAUCCAGGUCUGUUGGGUUUGCGCUUGGGUUUCGUGUCGCCUUUGACGGGAACGUUCUUCUUUGGUUGGCCCUCGUGGCUUGCAUCAGCAUUGGCCCUUCCACCACGAGCACGUCGCCGUUGCUGUCGCGAGGACUUUUCGCGAGGAGGAAGUGGUUCCCAAUUCAUGGUGGUCAGUGUGCUGGUCAUGGUGGUAACUGACGGUGAGUGAUGGAAACUGCUGGGAGUGACAGCCGGUGUGACAACAAACGAUCUCGUAUUGCGGAUGAUUGGCAACUGAGAGAAAGCUCCAAUCAAGCCAACGUGAAACAGCAGAGGAAGAGUUGUCAAGCCAAGUCUUGUAGGUGUUCGAUGCAAUGAUGCUACCAGGAGUAGUGUCGAGCGAGGGAAUGACAUCUGUCUACUAGUAGCUUGCUACUCCAGAAGUAGAGGCGACGUUGAUGUCAGCUCCGACAGUUGUGUUCUGGUCCAAGACAUCGAAUCGAUGUUUGAAAGAUCCAAAAAAUCGUGUCUGACGAAAAUCUUCGAUCACGCUCCUGGCCAACUUCCACCGAGUGGGCCGAUUUCGAAUUUGGACGGUGGCUCAUUUUUUCUUCUCAAAGCGGUGCUCGGUGUGUGGUGGUCUCAUCGUCUCAUCGUCUCAUCGUCACCAAAGAACUCAAAGCUUACUGUACCAAGACAAUGACAUUGUUAAGAGAACCUGAGUAUGAUCAUCUUGAACAUGUGGAGCUAGUGCCUACCAGCCGAAAUAACAUUCAAAAGUCAACCAACAUCCACAAGAGACUUCCCAAACCAACCCAAUUUCAGCUUUGCUGCGUGGCAACAAUCAUCUUUGCAUUGCUUGCUCCAGUGGGAUGGUUGGUCCUCCUGGAUACUAUUGUAAGUAGUAGUGGUAGCAGCAACAAUUCACAAGUAAAGCAAGCGUCCCGCCGAGACAUUGUAGACCGACAGAUUGCCAACUUUCGAAAUGGUUCUGGCAGCAUUGUGCUCAAUUAUCACAUUACACAUCAUGCCGGCACCACCGUAUGCGCUGACUUGGGCCAUACUUUGAAGCACCCGUCCUUUGCCUGCAUGGGACCAAACGAUGACAUUCCGGCCGAAGAAGUAAACAUCUUUCCAAAACAGGGUCCCUGGGGGUACAAUGAGACAGACACAAACAUUAAGAUUAUUCAAAAGAACUUUCAUCUCGUCUCUUGGGAGCUUCGACAUCCUCACGGACCAGAGCAACCUCAGAAUUGGGACACCAAUUGGGAGCACCCAAACUUGGUCUCACUGCUAGUCAUGAGGGAACCCAUCAGCAGGAGUCUCGCUGGUGAUGGUGUAAUGGCGAAGAAAUAUCCUGGAAUCUGGGAACCCAGGAAGUACAAUGCGAGUAUUGAAGAGUACUGGGAGUUUGCGCAUGAGGAAUACCACAACAAUAAUUAUGCAUUGAGGAUCUUGUCGGAUAUAGGCUGCUGCAAUGGAUCAGAUACUAAUAUCAAAUACUUAGAAGAAGCCAAAGAAGUAGUCAAACGGUUUACCUUUGUGGUGGACCAAGACUGUUUGUCAGAGAGUCUGGAGAAAGUGGCCGAGAUACUUGGAAUUGAAAAUGCUCACAACCCCAAAUCCAAACAACUACAUCGUAGCCACAAACCACUGGAAGAGCGGAUUCCAUAUCCUGAAGUUCUGGACUACCUCAAGGACAAGAACAAGCUGGAUAUUGAAUUGUAUGAAUGGUCCAAAGAAAGAAGUGUAGUGAAUUGCAGAGCCCUGGAAGCAGACAGAGCAGCGGCUGCGGCCAAAGCGGAAGAAGAAAAGACACCAUAG